AUGUCGGAGUUUCCGCCACCGGAGGAUGACGGAGCAAUGGUUGCACACGACAACGUCGGCUCCAAACGCCACCGUCGUCCCAGCGUCCGGCUAGGCGACAUCGGCGGUUAUGAUUCUUCUUUCGACCAACACCAACGAAAGCCCAAAUCUCUCAUGAAGUCUCCGUCCAACAAGGUUUCCAAAAAUCAUCAUCUCGCCAACUUAUCAAGUAAUCAAACCCUAACCCUAGUUGAUACUAACCCUAAUGGCAAUAGCAAUUUUAAGAAAAAAUUGAAUGAUAGGAGUAAUGUUGAGGGGGAGGGUAACGGGGAUGCAAAUUUGGAUACUGUUGCCAUUGGUAGUUGGAAAAUUAGGAAUUUGAAAUCCAAGAAAGGUCCAAUAACCAAGAAAAUGAGGUCUUGUUGGGCUACCAAAGAUGACAAAACACUUAGUACUGAUGUGGAAGAUUUGGAGAAUAAUGAAAACUCAGAACAUAGCCCAGUUCAUUCCCCUGACAAUAAUAUAGAUAUUGACAUUUAUAGAGGAAUGGGUAAUGUGAAUGGUAGGAAGACGGCGACUAGGGUUUCAGAGGAGGGCCCAACUACUGAUACAGAGGCCCGAGAUUGGAACUGGGGUUCACAGAGGAAUGGGGUUAAGGUAUGGCUGAACCAGCUAGGACUUGGUCGGUAUGCCUCUCUGUUUGAGAUUCAUGAGGUUGACGAUGAGGUUUUACCAAUGCUAACGUUGGAGGAUCUUAAGGAUAUGGGAAUCAGUGCAGUCGGAUCGCGAAGAAAAAUGUAUUGCUCAAUUCAGAAUCUAAAUAAAGGGUUCUCUUGA